GUAAGUCUAUGCUGCCUCAAGCAAACAGCUAUAAAAGCAGCCUGAACGCUCCGUGAGUGAAGAUUGCCUCAGCGACGAGGAAGAAACUAUGAACAUCCUCCUUUCUCUCCUCUCAUCCGUAACCUUGAGUAGGAGCAACGCUAUGCUCAUGAUGUCCGCUGUUCUUGGCAGUGCCCGCCCUUCAACUCCAUCAAGUCCCAUAUACACCAGCUCUUCCCCAUCUUCCUCAAUAGUUCAAGGGUCGCUUGCCGCCAGCUCUACUGUGGUAUCUGGUCCUUCAGCUGCUGCUUCUUCACGCACUCCUGCUUUGGGUGCCGCCUCUUCUCCGCUUACUCCUGCUUUGGGUGCCAGUGCUUAUGCGACAGUUUCUCCGAUCACCACCAGCUCUCCUCUUUUCACCACAGCACUUGGCUCGCUCGCUACCCCUGCCGCUCCACCUGGAGGUAAUGUGCCAAAUGCCUCACAGGCUAUCACUCGCACAUACCUCGGCCAGGUUUAUGAGGUUCCUGAUGCUGGGACAGCUGGUCCCUUCUAUUUGGUCACCAGAGGACGUAGAAUUGGUAUCUUUGCUGCGUGGCAGUCUACCUCUCCUCUCGUUAUCGCUGUCAGCCGCGCCGUUUUUACUCGCUGUCCUUCUAUUUCCGCCGGUAUCACAGCCAUGCAGAACACAAUCGAAGCGGGUGAGGUGGAGAUCUUACCUUGA